AUGUCCAAUCCUAUAGCAGAUACAGCAGAGUAUUUUGCUCGCUGGAGGCAAACAGUACAGGAGGUGGGUGAUCAAGACAGCCACAGGCCAGGAUCAAGCACUGCCACCAUGACACCACGAGGUGUGGGCAUGUAUGGGCCGCACCCCACGCCAAGCGAAUCAGUGCAUCAUGACAGUACCAUGUCGGAUGCUCGUUCCCAAUGGCUACGUGUGCUGAACAGAAUUUCGUUCCUGAAUCCGUUAGACACACCAACAGCAGUGGCAGCGGAUGAACAGCUACUGUCUGAUGAUGAAUCAGUCAAUGUGGAUCGGGACACAUUCGAGCUGAUGCGAAGUGCAGCACGAGAAAACCGCCAUCGAUCUCGCCACCAUAGCCUGAAUGUAUCCACAUCAGCCACAGGUGCUGUGCGUGGUCGUGAUGAUGAACCCACAGCCAUUGAAGAGCAAGACCAUGAUCAAGAGGAGAAACUGCCCUCUGCCUAUGAAUUGGAGAAUGAUCAAGUGUACCCCCUGAGUGAUGAACACAACGUGGACGAGGAAAGCAACUACUUCACACAUCCCUUUAAGGCGGAAGAACCUGCUGUGCCAGACAGUGACGAUAGCAGCAUACAGCAACCACCACCUGUGCUCAAAUCUGCACCGACAACCAGAACAGGCAGACGAUUAGACUCUGAGAACAGCAGCAUGCCUACCAUGGGAGAGUACGAUGAUGGCCGCAUUAUCAAAGACAAGUGGGAUAGAACAUUGGAUAAGCUCAAGCUGAUAGCCAACCUGCAGUCGCCUUUACCACCCUCGCCAGCACCGGCACAAACGCAUGUAAUGCUGGGACCUUCGCACACCUUGGCCACGUACUAUCCGCCUGCAUUUGAUCCUAUCUUUGCUGCCUUUGCCAAAGACGAAUAUGGGAGAAAGCUGCCGCCCAUCUUGUUACAAUGCAUCUAUCUCAAUGUCACCGACUCUGAAUAUCUCUACGGUACUGGCCAAUGGGUAUUCCGUAUUGAACUGCAGUAUGGUGAUGUCAAGUGGGUCAUUCGUCGUGGUAUUGCUGAUUUCGUGGCUCUGCAUAUCAAACUCAAGGUCAAGUCCAACUUGUACGAUUAUGUGCCUGAUCCGCCCGUUUUUCCGAAUCAACUGGCCAAUCUGCUGGAUACAGCCAAAUCAACCAUCGCCAUGUACUAUCGUGGUGAUGAGCCUGAGCCUCCUCCCUCUGUUUCGACACCAUCAGCAACACACCAGCAUCAGCAGCACCAUGACGAUGGAUCUAGCAUCAAGAGCAAAGUGGCACUCAACCGUCGCACGGCUUUGACCCAGUACCUGAGAGCCUUGUUGCUGCGUGCGCAUGUCACUGUCAGCUACGACAUUUGCGAAUUCCUGGAGCUAUCAGCCAUCAGUAUUGUGCAAGACAUGGGCUGGAAAGGCAAAGAAGGGUAUUUGCGCAACCGCAUCAACUAUGUUUCACCUCGCUGUUGUCAAAUUUGGAAAACUCAUCGCUGGAGCACAGAGUGGAUCAUACUAAGAGACUCAUACAUGGCAUUCUGUACAGAUACCGCAUCAUCUACGCCCACAGAUGUCUUGUUGUUUGACAAUGGGCUUAAAAUUGACAUCCAGGAACCAAGAGUGUACCUCGGCAGCUACCACAUCUCUAUCAGUAACGAGUCUCGCAAGAUUGAAAUCAAGGGCACCAAGCGUGAGGUGGAUCAGUGGCUAGAAAGUAUGGAGAAGGUGCGAAACGAGAGUCCCUGGGUACAGAACCAUCGUUUUGGCUCAUUUGCUCCUGUGCGUGCCAAUGCCAAAGUAAAAUGGUUUGUUGACGCAGAGAAUCACUUUAAUGCUGUUGCAGAGGCUAUUCUUUCUGCAAAGGUAGAAAUUUACAUAGCAGAUUGGUGGCUGACACCAGAGCUGUACCUUAGAAGACCACCAGAAGAAAAUGAAGACUUUAGACUGGAUCGGCUGCUGCAUCGCAAGGCAGUGGAGGGCGUCAAGAUAUACAUUGUCGUCUACAAGGAAAUGUCGCUUGCACUCACCAUCGAUUCAGUGCACACCAAACAGUGGCUACAGAAUUUGCAUCCCAACAUCAUUGUACAGCGCCAUCCAGACCAUACAUUUUCAAACGACAAUACCGUGCUGUUUUGGUCCCAUCAUGAGAAAAUUGUGGUGGUGGAUAACCGCCUGGCUUUCAUCGGCGGCCUUGAUUUGUGCUUUGGUAGAUACGAUACACAUAGCCACUCACUCUCUGACUACCCUGCAGAGGGACAUGACCGUGAAGUGUUUCCUGGUCAAGAUUACUCCAACCCUCGCGUCAAGGACUUUGUGGAUGUGGCUCAGUUCGGCAAGACGCUUGUAGACAGAAAGACAACACCUCGCAUGCCGUGGCAUGAUGUGACGCUGGGUGUAGUUGGACCCAUUGCCAGAGACAUUGCUCGUCAUUUCAUCCAACGAUGGAACUUUCUGAAAUCCACCAAGAGCAUGCAUCGUCGCAACUUGCCAUUCUUGAUGCCCAAAGGUGAAUAUGUAGCUGCUAGAGAUGAGAGCAAUUUUACGGGUACGUGUCGAGUGCAGUUGCUGCGAAGCUCGUCUCGCUGGAGCUCUGAUGUGGAGCGUGAACAUUCCAUCUACAAUGCCUACAUGGAAUGCAUUGCUCAUUCAAAACACUACAUCUACAUUGAAAACCAAUUCUUUAUCAGCACAACCCAAGACGACAAGCUACUGCGUAACAAGAUUGCUCAGGCACUGGUGGAAAGAAUCAGAAGAGCACACGGCAGGGGCGAAAAGUUUAGGGUGUAUGUGGUGAUACCUCUUGUGCCUGCGUUUGAAGGCGAUUUAGCGUCGAGCGAAGCAUCGUCUGCCAGAACUGUCAUGCAUUUCCAAUAUGUCACCAUCUCACGUGGUGGAAGCUCUAUUGUAGAGAAGCUGAAAGAGUAUGGUAUUGAUGCGGAUCAGUACAUUUCGUGGUUCAGUCUUAGAAACUAUGGCAAAAUCAAGACCAACAAGAACACGCCAGCAGCAGCAUCUCCACAGCCACCCAACAACGACAGUGGGUCUGUGUUUGGUGAUGAAGCAGCUGUCAAGGAUCCCUUUGAUGAUGCAUCUACGCACCAACACCUUUAUCCCCACUUGCAUCUGCACAAAUUACAUACAAAUGAAUCGACCGCCUCCACAGCCACAGCGAGCAGCGUGCUGGGCGGGCAAUCGACCUUAAAUCCAGUGGAUACGAGCAACAGCAGUCGACGUGGAUCUUCCACGAGCAGCAAUACCAGCCCUGCGGUAGAUGAUGACAGAUACGACUAUGUCAGUGAGCUGUUGUACAUUCAUGAUAAACUCAUGAUUGUCGAUGAUCGCAUUGUACUGAUGGGAUCUGCCAACAUCAAUGAUCGCUCUCAGCUGGGUAAUCGUGAUUCCGAGAUUGCCAUGCUGGUGGAGGAUACUGAGAUGGUGCCUUCCUUUAUGAAUGGCAAAGAGUACAAGGCAGCCAAAUUCGCACAUACACUGCGUAUGCAACUAUGGAAGGAGCAUCUCGGCCUUCUCAACUUUGAAAAAUGGUCGCAAUUACUGCAAGAUGAAGACGAAAAGCAAGUAGAAACACUUGAUAUACCACAAUCCACCAACACAACCAACACACACGCCUACCCCAGCUUGGCAAGGUCUCACAACAAUGCACAGGACAUUAGAACCAUUGAAGCAGAUGAGCCUGUCAAGAUGCUGGACAGGGCAAGCCGCACUUUCAGCUUUUACGACACAUUCAAGACGCAUCAUCAUGCCAAACGCCAUGACGCAGCUGCUCUGGAUCCCCUGUCAGACCACACUUACAACAACAUUUGGCUCAAACGAGCAACCACCAACACACACAUUUACAGACAGCUGUUUCGAUGUGUACCGGACGAUACAGUGCAUACCUACGAACAGCACCGCAAAUUCAUACCUGAUCCACUCAAGGUCAAGACUGGCCAUGUUGCCGAUCCCAAUUUGGCAGAACAAGAGAUUUGUGAGCAGCUGGAUCAGAUACGCGGCCAUUUAGUCUUGUUCCCAAAAGACUAUCUCAAGGAUGAAAACUUGCUACAAGGCACCAUCAUCGAUACAAUGACCCCAAUGAUUAUCUUUACUUAG